UGACUGCAGGAAGAUUUUGGGAGGGGCUUGAGAAGUAUUCCGCUGGAUACUUGGAGUUUCCAGUCGUGCGCCCAAGCAAACCUUUACUCGACUAACAUUAACUCACUCAUCUCUCAUCUUUGCUAAGCGUUUGUUUGAGCAAUGGUGCAAAUUGAUUAACUUGCAUUAGACUAUUCAUUCCACGGUAGUGGUGUGGUCUCUGCAAAUGGAACCACAGGAAUGGAUUUUUAACCGUAGCCUACCUUAACUUUCCCCGACCGGCGUGUUUAUCAAAGAGUAUUCCACGAGAAAUAUGAUUUGGUUCUGGUGUCUCGUGCUGCUUCUUCAUCAAAUAUUCACCUCACCUACACACAUGGCGGUGGUAUCUCCCCAGGACCCGGUCCUGUUGGUGGGAUCUAGUCUGACAGCCACCUGCACCCUGAGCCCCGGGCUGGAGCUCCACGCUAGCUUUCUGUACUGGACCCUCAAUGGGAACCGCCUCCCCAGCAGUGUCUACCAUGUCCUCGGGCCCGGGGCUCUGUCCGUGACUCUGCACAACCUCAACGGCUCCCAGCAGCAGUCCGGGGACAACCUGGUGUGCCACGGACGCAAGGGGGAAGUUCUGGGCGGAUCCUGUCUGUAUGUAGGCACGCCACCUCAGAGACCUGUGAACCUUUCCUGCUGGUCCCACAACACCAAGGACAUGACCUGCAGCUGGAGUCCUGGGGGACCUGGAGAGGGCUUCAUCAGGACUAGAUACACACUCAAGUAUAAGCUGAGGUGGUUCGGUCAGGAGACAGUGUGCACAGACUACAAUAGAGGCAUAAAUACCUGCUACAUCCCCAGUGGCCUGGCCAUCUUCACCCCUUACGAGAUCUGGGUGGAGGCCACCAAUCAGCUUGGCUCUGCCUCCUCACGUGUGGUGACUCUGGACAUCUUAGAUGUGGUGACCACGGACCCUCCGCCUGACGUGCAGGUGAACCGUGUGGGGGAUCUGGCGGACCAGCUGACAGUGCGCUGGAGGACCCCCUCGGCCCUCAGAGACUUUCUUUUCCGGGCCAAGUACCAGAUCCGCUACAGGCUGGAGGACAGUGCAAACUGGAAGGUGGUUGAGAAUGUGGGAAACCAGACGUUCUGCCGACUAGCAGGCCUCAGACCUGGAACUGUGUAUUUUGUCCAGGUUAGGUGCAAUCCGGUCGGGAUCUACGGCUCCAGGAAACCAGGAAUCUGGAGUGAUUGGAGCCCACCGAUGGCUGCCUCGACCCCUCAGAGUGAGCGUCUGACCGGGUCGUGCGAUGCAAAGUCGGGGGCGCAGACAGCGGCGCUAAGGCGGGAGCUGAAGCAGUUCCUAGGCUGGGUGCGCAAACACGCAGCAGGAUGUGGAAGCGUCAGCAUCAAACUCUACGACCAGUGGCGCGCCUGGCUACAGAAGUCCCAAAAAACACGCAACCAGAUUCUGAUUAUUCACCAGAGGAAAAAUUACCCUUAAUACAGACACACAUUGUGUGAUUUAAAAUGUCUUCUACUGAAUCAAAACCCAAAUACUUUUCCCCACACGAACAAGCUUUCAGGUAUAUUGUCAGCACACCCAGACUAUGAUGGACGCUUCCUGGAACAGUAUUACAAUGUUUGCAUCUUUGCUCUCUCCUUAUUCCAGAUUCUGCAAGGUGAUAAAUCAUAGUGCAGCACACACACACUCUCUCACACACACACACAGAUGAAGGACUCACAGGGUAUCAAAGAUGUAGGAAGAGACUCGGAUGCAGAAGAGUGUGAAAUAGUGAAAUGUGCUCAGAUGGCACUCUCUCACCAGACUGUGUGGAGGUUCAAAACAAGAGGGGAGCAGAGGACCACACAUUUGCACAGCUAGCCUCCUACACUCAAGCAGUGGCUCACACUUCUGUACUGUGCAAUGGCAAGAUUUUAAAAACCUGGACAAUAGAAAUGAAGUCCCAUUACUUUUGUGAGAUUUGUGAGAGGGGGCAUACUGGUUGUCACGUGCUUCCCUUUGUACAACCGUGGUUUAAUCGUUCUAAAAUGCAAAGAUUUGCAAUUGUAUAACAUGAUGUUACAUGAUGUUAUAACAAAUGUUAAAAGCAUCUCUGUACAAACAUACGGCUCCAAUCAUCAAUGUAAGUGCUUGUUUCUUGUGAACUGCAAUACCAACAAAAACCGCCAUGUUGAUUUUAUGCUGCUAUGAUGUCCCUGUUGUUACAUUGUAACUAGUCAUCAAAAUUCUGCUCUCAUAAGAAUUUAGUACAUUGGUAUAUAUUGCUUGUUAAUUGGUAGCAGACCAUCUUUAACUAUAGCAAAUACACAAUUCUACCUAUAUUUUACUCUUUGCUUAUUUUAACAGCUCAUUUGAAAUGUAUGUAUAUAAAGAGGACAUGGACCAAAAUAUAUUUAAGCCAUAAUAUGUACCUUUUUCUUUGAAAUACAUUCAAAGUAUGAUUUAAAUGUGGAAAUGAGGGGAAAACUGAAUUGUUUUUCUUAUUAAUGUAACAAAGUUCAUGUAACAAAUCAUUUGCUAGCAAUAUUACUAAUGGGACAAGUUGAUCUGCAACUCAACAUGCAUUUUGUCUCAAAUGGUGAUAUCCUCAAUUUAUAACAAUUUUUUUGUAACAAGAUGGUGAAUUAGGUUAUGUGAAAUAAUGUGACAUGAAUCAUGGCAGCACUCUAUGUUCUGGCUUUGGCAAGUGAGGAUGAUGAGGACGGUUUUAUCAGGUAAUGGUUCCACAUAUGGUGUAUAAACAACGAGUAGGCAGGCAAAAAAAAAAAACACUCAAUGAGCAGCCAAGGUGUCACUAUUUUACUGCAGGCACAUGGCAACUUCCAUUUUCUGAGGUUAAUUUUUCACGUUUGUGGAGCCUAAAUGUCUUACAAAAAUGUGUUUGUAAAAUAAAAUAUGUACUUAUAUACAUCAA